AUGAAUACAUCUGUUGGAGAUUUCCCUGGCAACUGCAGUACCCCAGCAGACUACCAGUUCUACCUCUUCCCAGCUGUCUACAGUCUGGUGAUGGCACUGGGCCUGCCAGGAAACGUGGGAGCCCUCUACAUGUUCAUCUUCAAGAUCACUCCCCGCACCUCAUCUAACGUGUACGUGAUCAACCUGGCCCUCGCCGAUACCGCCAUCCUCUGCACCCUGCCCUUCAAGAUCCACUACUUCCUCAACAGAAACGACUGGGUAUUCGGAGACAUGGCUUGCCGCAUUACAGGAACAGUGUUCUUCGCCAACAUCUACAUCAGCAUCGCCUUCAUGACCUGUAUCUGUGUGGAUCGAUACACGGCCGUCGCCCAUCCUCACAUCUAUCUGAGGCUCCGGAACUCGUGUUAUACUGUAGUGGUGAGUGUGGCGGUGUGGGUGGUGGCGGGAGUGGCUGUUCUGUCCUUCAUCCGAGUGGGACCUCUGGACAGCAAACCUGGCGGAGGUCGCCCCCAGCGCCGUAGCUGCUUUGAGAACUUUUCAAAGCACGAGUGGGACAGGCGUGUGGCGCCGUACAGCUUAUUCAGUCUCGUCUUCGGCUCGCUACUGCCCUCUGUGGUCAUCCUGGUGUGUUACCCUCUGGUGGCACGGCGCAUCGCUCUCAUCCGGACCAACACGGCCCGCGGAGCACUGAGGGUCAUCUACACCAUCCUGGCUAUCACCCUGCUCUGCUUCCUGCCGUACCAUGUGGUUCACUUCCUGCACCUGCUCCGCCGUCAAGGGGCCAUCCACCACUGUCCCUAUGCCAAUGCCAUCUACAAUGCCCGGCAGGUGACUCUGGCUCUGGUCAGCCUCAACAGCUGUCUGGACCCCCUGCUCUACUACUUCACCACUAGUCGCUGUAAGUGGAGUCCCUCCAUGGCCAGGUUCAGAUGGAUUUGGGCCAGGAGGAAUAGUGGGCUCUAUACCAUUGCUGUGGGACAGUAAAUGGUUUAGAUAAACUAGCUCCAACUGUAUCCAAUCAGCUAAUGUAAUUGUAUGCUUUUUAUAUUCUACUCACAAACUCUGAAGCCAAUUGAUGAAGCAAUUUCUUUGCCAUCGUAAACCACCAACCUUUGCAUACAUGUAGAGUUGAAGUUGGAAGUUUACAUACACCUUAGCCAAAUACAUUUAAACUCAGUUUUUCACAAUUCAUGACAUUUAAUCCUAGAAAAAUUCCCUGUCUUAGGUCAGUUAGGAUCACCACUUU